AUGCAGACUCAGCAACAACAACUUUGUCUAGCCUGCUCGUCAACCAUCCCGGCCAACGCCAAGCCUGCUUCGGUGUAUAAGCACGGUUGCUGUUCGAGGCUCGUCUGUGGCAACUGCUUGACGCAGACUCCAAGACUAACGACAUUCUGCCCGCACUGCGAAGAUGCACACGCCGCGUUCAAGAAGGGUCCUAGAGGGGAUGUGACGCGCGUGGGGCAGGUGGUGUUUGAUGCCGAGUCCGCGCUCGGUGAGCCGCCGCAGGAGAACGAGGAAGCGGGAAGUGCACCACCUCCGUACAGUGAAGUGAAUGGGUCGUCGACAUUUGUUGUCGAUGAUCAGGACGAGGAGGAGGAGGAGCAAGGAAGGGCGGAGACGCCUAAGAUUGGAAAGGCACCAUCAUUGCUGCUUCGACAAGCGUCAAAGAGUUCUGCGGGGGCAGAGGUCGAUGUUGCACCUCAGACCGCAGAUACCAGCAACACCAGCAGCAAUACCGAACAAGCUUCCUCCGGACUUACCUCUUUCAGGCGCAAAGUCGACCCGCACACCACCCCCACCUCGUCUUCCUCCUCCCGCACCGCCUCACCUUCGCACAAUGACGCCUCCACGCGCCAAUACUGGCUUCGCAAGACUGACACACUCCAAUCCAUAGCGAUCCGCUUCUCGGUCUCGACCAACGAGUUGUGUCUGCUCAACUCUCUCCCGCGUGCUGUGCUCUCCACUUCCCCGCACCUGCUGCACACGCGCCCAUUCAUCCUCCUCCCCGCAUACGCUGUGGAGAAGCAGCUCGCGACCAACCCAGGUCUGUUGAAAUCGCUCGAGGGCCCACCGCGCAAGUCGGCGCAAGAAAAGUCGAGUGCGGCGCGCAGAUCGGCCGAGGCGCGGUUCAGGGCGACUUUGGCCAGAGGUGGAGGCGGGGGAGGGGAGACACCAGCGGACGAGAAGGCGGCCCGUGCGUACGUCGGGCUGGCCGAGGACGAGAUGCGCAUGGUCGACUUUGGCGAGGGCUUGGACGAGGCGGGGCUGCCGAGGGGUUAUGAGAGUGAUGCGUUCGCCGUGGGGGGUGCCAAUGGCCAGGACGUGGAGAUGCAAGAAGCGCAGUUGGAUACAGCGAGGAGGUUGAGGUUCGACGCAGUGCUGAGGCACGCUCUGGCCAAGUGGGAGAUGGACAGUGAUUGGGAGCGAAUGCAGCGCGCGAAUGGGAUGGAUCCUUCGAGCGUUUCCAGACCUUUUGUCGCCUCAACGUCUGUAUCGGCAACAGCGUCGUCGUCGAGCACGGUGCAAGAGUCCAAGGCGAGCGGAUCGAUGAGCCACUGGUUUACACGAGCACUCCAUGGAACCCCUCAGCGAGGUGAGCCGACUUUUACCAGAACCAAACCGCGCCACGUCGUAUCCCUCUCAAGCCCAGUGAAGUUGCCCACUCUGCUCAAACAGACGUUCACCACCGCACACAAAGGCCCCGUCAACGUGGUGCGGUAUAACACUACGGGGCGGUACCUGCUCACGGGCUCAUCCGACCGCACCAUCAAGCUGUGGAAUGCCGCCUCAUCCGAAGAGCAACAAGCGAUCAAAGUGUACACGGAGCACACGCAUGAGGUGCUGGCCCUGGAUGUGUCGCGGGAUAACUCGCGGUUCGUGUCGGGCGGGGCGGACAAGUCGGUGUACGUGUGGGACGUGGCGACGGGCAGCGUGGUGCGGCGGUUCAACGGGCAUAUAGGUAAAGUGAACGAUGUGCGCUUUGGCGGCAAGGACGAGCACGGGAGUGUGGUGGUCGUGGGUGGGGUGGAUGGGGUGGUGCGCAUGUACGACUUGCGUGCGCAGGGCGCGUGGCGGCCGAUCAUGGAGCUCAAGGAUGCCUCGGAUGGGGUUACUUCGCUCAGCGUUCAGCAGGACAGGGUGUACUCAGGCAGUGUGGAUGGCAAGCUUCGAUGCUACGACCUGCGUGCGGGUCAGCUACGAACCGACACAUUUGCUGCACCCAUUACCAGCAUCUAUCCUUCGUGCCUGGGCACGUCGACACUCGUCGCCACGCUCGACUCGACGCUGCGGCUGCUCGACAGUCGAGACGGCACCCUGCUCCAAAGUUACCGGGGACAUCAGCACCAGCAGUACAGAUGCAGGGCCGUGCUGACCAACGAAGAGGAUGCAGUGAUUGCGGGCGACGAAGCGGGCGACUUGGUCGGAUGGGAUGUUGUCUCUUCAGAGCGGGUCAGCGUGGGGAGUAAGGAGAGGGCGCACGGGAAGGCGGUGUUGUGGGUGGAGUGCAAUCCUCAAGAUGCGCGCGAGAUGGUCAGUGCCGGUGCGGAUGGAGUUGUCAAGGUGUGGUCUACCUCGAUAUAG